AUGUCCCGCGUGGCAGUCACAGGAAUCGGUUUGGUGACUCCUCUAGGUAUCGGUACCCAGUCAUCCUGGAACAAUCUCAUAAAAGGCGCCUCUGGGCUCAUUUCUACAAAACAACUACCCGACUACAAAGAAGGCUGGGAUAAGGUUCCGUCCAAAGUGGUUGGAAAAGUGCAAAACUGGGAUCCAGACAGAUGUGCUGAUAAGGACGCUAGAAGAUGGGCCCUUUUCACUCAAUACGGAAUUGUCGCUACUCAGGAGGCCCUUGAAGAUUCCAAAUUGGAUUUAAAAAGCAUAGACAGAAGCAAGAUGGGUGUGGCGGUCGGUUCAGGAAUUGGCCUGUUUGAGGAUGCCUACAACAACUCGGUAGCAUUCCACGAAAAGGGCUACAAAAGGGUCCAGCCGCUCUUUAUUCCGAAACUUCUCAACAACAUGGCCGCUGGAAACAUCUCCAUAAAGUACGACCUUCGAGGUCCUCUCCAUUCAGUGUCUACAGCCUGUGCUACAGGUUUAAACGCUAUAGGUGAUGCCUAUAAUUUCAUACACAAUGGUUAUGCUGAUGCAAUGGUCUGUGGAGGUCUGGAAGCGUCCAUUCACCCGCUAGCAUUAGCCGGUUUUGCUAGAGCUCGUUCUGUGGUGACUGAAUAUGAAGAUGAACCUUGGAAAGCCUCGAGGCCUUUUGAUAGAGAUAGAAACGGUUUCGUGCUCAGUGAAGGAUGUGGCAUUUUAGUUUUGGAGAAUAUGGAAAUGGCCAAAAAAAGGGGAGCUAAGAUUUAUGCAGAGGUUUCUGGUUACGGUUUAUCUGGAGAUGCCAACCAUAUCACUGCACCUUUGGAAACUGGAGAUGGAGCGUUUGCAGCCAUGAAAAUGGCACUUGAAAGAGCCAAAGUCGAUCCAUCUCAGGUCGACUACGUCAAUGCCCACGCCACUCUGACGGUGAUUGGCGACCGGGCCGAAAACCACGCAAUACUGACUUUAUUUGCUAAAAACUCUAACCUUGCCGUGUCCUCGACGAAAUCGUCCAUCGGCCACUUGCUCGGCGCUGCGGGAGCGGUCGAGGCGGCCUUUACGUUGAAGGCAAUUGAAACGGGGCUCGUGCCGCCCACUCUUAAUUUACAAAAUGUUGGUCGCCACAAGGACGAUGACCCGACACAGUUCACAUUCGACUAUGUUGCCAACGAGGCCAAGGAGAGGCUGGUGCACCACGGCUUGUGCAACUCGUUCGGGUUUGGUGGCGUGAAUAGCUCAGUUCUCUUCAGCAAACCUUGA